AUGUUGGACAAUGAUGAUGAGGCUGCCAUCGUCCACUUGAGUGGUGUGUCGCGCAGUCUCAACAGCUCAUCUAGUGAGGUAUCCAACCAUCACAACAACGGCAACAAACUGAGUGCAAGCUCAUCGAAUGUUGGCGCUGGAAAGAAGAAGCGCCAGCGUACAUCACCUGAGCAACUGUCCAUUCUGGAGCAAAUAUUCGAGACGGAUAAGAUGCCCUCGCAGCAGAUACGUAUCAGAUUGGCCAAUCAGCUGGGCAUGUCCAGCCGUCGAGUGCAGAUCUGGUUCCAGAACAAGCGUGCAAAGGUCAAGCGUGGAGUGUUUACCAAGGGAGACGACGAAGAUGACUUCCAAGACCAGCUCGACGACGACGAGGAGAUCAAUGACAACGAAGAGAGCGGCACGGGAUUGCUGAUCGAUGAGAGUUCAUCGGCAUCCCAUAAUGUCCAGUCCUUGUCCAUGUCCACGCCCAUGCCCAUCCCCUCCUUCAUUUCCACAUCCACUACCGCCACUUCAGCCCCCUCCAACAUCAACACACCCACACACUCUGGCAAUCGCUCACUCCUUUCAAUGUCCACGGACAACAUUGUCCCAUCCAUAUCGCCAAUGAUGACAUCAGUCAGCGCCAACAAGAAACAACAACAAUCAAUGAUGUCACACUUUACCAUCGCGGGCUUGGGCAAGUCGUCGAACAACAAUCAUAAGCGCAGCAAAUCAUCAUCAGGAGCAACAUCGCCAACACAGUCACUGUCGUCCACCACCUCGCCUCUCAGUCUCUCACCCAUACCCUUUUCGCCGCUCAACGCCUCUCAGACACACCUGCCGCCCAUGCCAAUGAUCAAUCUCUCUACCUCGUCCUCCAAGAUUCCACAGACGACCACCACCUCCCCAGUAGUGGCGCCACUUACCCUCAAGCCAUACAUGGCCAUCCUUUCACUUGAUCAAUCCAAUUGA